AGCGCUGGUGAGCAUCAUCAGACAUCAUGCCUGCUGACGUUGCCAAACCCGCUCCCAAGAAGGGCUCAAAGAAAGCCGUUUCUAAGACCGCAGUCAAGGGCGGCAAGAAGCGCCGUAAGACCAGGAAGGAGAGCUAUGCCAUCUACGUGUACAAGGUGCUGAAGCAGGUCCACCCCGACACCGGUAUCUCCUCCAAGGCGAUGGGAAUCAUGAACUCCUUCGUCAACGACAUCUUUGAGCGCAUCGCCGGUGAGGCCUCUCGUCUGGCUCACUACAACAAGCGCUCCACCAUCACCUCCAGGGAGAUCCAGACCGCCGUCCGCCUGCUGCUCCCCGGUGAGCUGGCCAAGCACGCCGUGUCUGAGGGCACCAAGGCUGUGACCAAGUACACCAGCUCCAAGUAGACCACUUGAUAUCAAACAAACGGUCCUUUUCAGGACCACUUAAAUACGUCUAAAAGAGCUAUACCAACUAUGCAGACGCUGUCCAUAUUUCAAGCAGUAUUUUAGGGGUACGGAAUGCAUUUAAACCAAGCUUAGAAACGACGGGCUUUGGACAGGACUUAUCUGAAACUGAACACAAACGCUCACGGUACAGUUAGAAUGCUAGGAAAUAAAAAGCCUUGUUGAGGAUUUUUUUUGUGAGGGGUACCGGUAAUUCAGCGGCGUUAAGCUCACUCCCCACACACAAUCUGUUAUGACAUUUGACUCCCGUCAAAUGUCGUACUCUUCUUUGUAAAAGCUUACAUGUGUAUAUGGUAGGCUAUGAGAUAUCAAUUAAAUAGAACCUGAAGAACCCAACGAAUCUCUGCUCCUUGGGGUUGGAAAGUCUUUCCCCGCUCCUUAUUUUUCUAAUAAAUAAAAAGACCAUCCGUCUUUUGAAAUAAAUGCAUUUGAAGUGUUUGAAUCUGAUACUCACUUUGAGUUUGUCUUAUUUGAUUAUGUUUAUUGUUUUCAUGGGGCUGCCAAGUUGGGUUGUUAUCGAAGUCUCCAUAAUGCUGCCCGCAUGCUGUCAGCAACACCUGGCGAGCCAGUACAUCUUCUAUUUCAUGUCUUUAUCUUUUUUGUAAAAGACCAAUAAUACUAAAGAUCCAUGUAAACGGUGUGUUUCAAUAAUUAUUGCCUAUGAACUUUAUUUAAUGAACUGUUGAUUACAUUACAUGUAUAGGGUAGUCUGAUUUGAUUCUGAUGACUGAUGAUAAAUAGACUGAUGACUA